AUGACGGGCGUUGUUGUCCCAGCUCCAACGGGGCUCAACUGGGCCGUGGGGCAUGACGGGAGCCACAGUCUCCCUCUCCCCGUUCCGAGCCGGCUCAUGCCCCCAGCCCGCCCUCGGCCCCGGGCGGGGCUUCCCCCUCCCCGUCCCCGUCCCCGUCCCCGUCCCCGGCCGUCCUGCCGCGGUCUCUCCUCCGCCCGGCUCUGGCUGUACUGGCAGUGGCGCUGCUGGGCGGGGAUCAGUGCCUGGUGCGGCAUCGCCUCCCUUUGGCUCCGCCUGCCCCGGCCCCGGCCCCGGCCCCGGCCCCGGCCCCGGCCCCGGCCCCGGCUGCUCCCGGAGCCCGCAGAGCGCACACAGGGCGCGGCCGCUCCCGCCGCCUCCGUUGGGGCUUCCCCGGCCCGAGCUCCGCCGCUCGGCAGCGCGGCCGCUGGCCCCGAGCCGCCGCUGUCGCGUUCCAAAGAGCGAACGCCAGGGGCUGCCCGGCCCGGGACGGCUGAGGGGCGCUCGGGGCCCGUGUCUGGCCCCGGGCCGAGCGCUGACAGCCGCGUCUCGCCGGCAGGGAAGGUGGAGCACGGCAUUAAGGAGCGCUACCAGCUCGGUUCGCUGCUGGGGCGCGGCGGCUUCGGCAGCGUCUGGGCGGCGACGCGGCUCUCGGACGGCGCCCCGGUGGCCAUCAAAAGGGUGCCACGGAACCGCGUCCGACACUGGGGUGAGCUGCCCGACAGCACCAGAGCACCAAUGGAGAUCGUGCUCCUGGACAAGGUGUCCACUGGCUUCCCUGGUGUUGUCCAGCUGCUGGAGUGGCUUGAGCUCCCCAGCGAGAUCCUGAUGGUGCUGGAGCGCCCGGAGCGGUGUCAGGACCUCCGUCAUUUCAUUCGGGCACGGGGGUUCCUGUCCGAGGAGGUGGCGCGGCAGCUGUUCCGCCAGGUGCUGGAGGCCGUGCAGCACUGCACCAGCUGCGGAGUCCUGCACAGGGACGUCAAACCAGAGAACAUCCUCGUUGACCUGGCCAGCGGGCAGGCAAAACUGAUUGAUUUUGGCUGUGGCACCUACCUGCAGGACACAGCCUACACUCACUUUGCAGGAACACGGUCCUACAGCCCCCCGGAAUGGACCCGCUUUGGCUGGUACUAUGGCAAGCCAGCUACCAUCUGGUCCCUGGGCAUCCUGCUGCACCAGAUGGUCUGUGGGAAGCACCCUUUCAGGAGGGGCCGGAACAUCAGCUGGAACCAUCAGCUCUCACUGCCACAACGGCUCUCUCAAGACUGCCAAGAUCUGAUCAAAAGGUGUUUAUCCAUGCUCGACAUAGAAAGGCCCUCAUUAGAAGACCUGCUUUGUGACCCUUGGAUGCAGCAAAUUCACGAAGUGUUCCAGGUGGGGUCCAGUGUGGAUCAGGAGGUGCUUGGGACCAGCUGCGGUGUGGACGGGCCGUGCGCUUGGAGAAGGCUGAGGACAUCGUUUGGGACCAGCUUUUCUGCCCGCAGCGAUGGCAUGAGGGCUCUGCUGCAGCUCAGCACCGGGCCCGAAUCAGCCAAAGGAGAAAUGGUGUGA